CUGUGCGACUGUUUUCAUACUGGCUUAAACCCGUCUAGUACACUAUUGUGACAUGUUAUGUUGACAAGAGGUAAUUCAACUGAAAGAAAAUCAGAAUCGACUGGAGCUUACGAAGUCCAGAAGAACAUGGGUGACCGCUCAAAGAUCCAUGUCUUCCUCGGGGCUCCUCCUCCUCCUCCCUCCUCCAGCCCAGACUCAGUGUCUGAAGCUGAUAUUCAGGGUGAGGACAGCCUCCCCACCGGCUGGAGACGCAUAGAGCUCACCUGGAUGGAUGGACGACUGCAGCCUGCAGCAGAAGCUGAGCGUCAGGUGUCAGACAGACACACAAACCGAACCACAGUGGGUUUACCAGGCCUGGAUCUUCACACAAACCCUCAUCAGAAGGAUCUGUCCUCAGAGGCUGACUUGACCUCAGAGGUGUCACAAAGACCAGCAGGAUCAGGCUGCAACUUUAAGAACAAAACUGAGGAGUCCAGGUGUGGCACUCACAGGCCUGUAGAAUGCCACCUUAGCCAAAACAGAGAAUCAAACAGUGAAAUGGAAGAUGAGUGUUCCGCUUCCAUUCAGGAGUAUCUGGACAGCUGUUUCCCUGCAGCUCAGCCAAAUGUUGAACCUCCGCAUGUUUCCUCAGCAGUCACCCCUCCUGUGUCCGUCCACACCCAGUACCUCACCACAUGGACUCUGAGUCAGGCUUUAAUUCUGAAGGGGAGGCGUGAUGUGCAAUCAGCAACCAGCCCGCAGAAAACCCAACAGACACACCCCCAAACCCCACCCUCGGCCUCCUCCAGCACCCCAGAACUCUUCAGUCCUGCAACACCCUCACCUGUGGCCUCUGCUGAGCUCUUCAGCCAGCCCUGGAACACCCCGAGGGUGGAGGAAGGGGGCAUUGUCCUGGAAACCACCAUAGGUGGGGGGUUGCUCUGCUCCCAGGAGACAGAACAACAGGAGACACUGACUGCCAAGUCACCUGACUGCAAGAGAUCUCGUUUGUCUGAGGAGUCCAGGACUGAAGCACCUGUAAACAAGGACCGCCUCACUGAGCCCCGCAGGCCCACCACACUUCUGGUUCAGUGUGACAAGUCAGGUGUUCGGUAUUCCAUUUUAGUGGCAGUUGUCCAUCCCUGUCACUUGAGGGAGGUUAAGGUGAGAUCGGGACCGUCAGCGGGGACCCUCGUUCCUCUUGCAUCUAUCAUAGUGACAGACCAAUCAUGCAUCGACAUGAAGGUGGUGUUCUGGCGCCGCGCAGCAUUCUGGGCCUUGACCGUCCGUCCUGGAGACAUUCUGCUCAUCACAGGACUGCAGGUCCAUGAAGACAGGUGGAGAGGAGAGACGGUGCUGCAGUCGACCUACUGCAGCAAACUGCUCAACUUGGGACAGGUCACGACCUCCACCUCCCCUGCAGUCUAUCAGCAGGUUAACGCCCACUCUCUCAGCUCUCUGUGUGCCUUUCUCCGGGAGCGCCGGCCCCUGCUCGUGUCUCUGUCCCGUCAUCCCCCUCAGAAUGUGAGCCGCCUCGCCUACACCACCCUGAGGUCGCUGAGGGCCAACACGCUGGUGCACGCGCUGCUGCGUGUCACACACACACACAUCAGCACAGCAUGGCACAGCCAGGCAGAGUCUCACCACAGGUCGGCUGCUCAGCUCCAGGCUAUUGUAACUGUGGAGCAGCCAGGGGGUCAGCAGGGGGCGCUGCUGCUGUGGGGAGCAGCGGUGGACUGGCUGCCUCGCCUCAGUGCAAACAGAGCGACUGUGUGGGACUUUCGCGUCCUCUUGGUGAGGGAGGGUUUGACCUCUGACCUCCCUGAGCUGCACUCCACCCCAUGGAGCUCCGUACAGCCUUUAGAUCCAGCAGAUCCCCGCAUGCAGGCCUUUCUUCUGCCAAGACUCACUCAAAGAGGAAACAGCAGCAGUUUAGAACUGGACCUGGAAACCCUCUUGUCCCAGAAAUACAGCGGUGAGGUGGAACUGAGAGUCCAGGUCAAUGCUUUUCACUUCCAGGAUGUCCUACUUUCCCAGAAUGCACCUCAGCCCGUCCUGGAUAGCUCCACUCCACUGGCUGAUAUCCUGGCAGCUCUAGGAGCAGAUGUCUCCUACACUGGUUGUGGCCGUUGUGCUGCUGAGCUCGAUACUGACGCCAACGGUAUCUACAGCCCAUGUUAUCCCUGUCUCCCCCACACCUCUGUGCGCCGCUACUACAGGCCAGGUGUGCUGACAGUAAGUGGGCGGAACAACAGUCAGGUGUGUGUUCAGGUUCCUCCUGUUCAGAUGCAGAAAAUACUCAACGCUCCACCCGAUAAACUCCACAAAGCUCAGGAUCAGAAGUUAAGUACAUCCAGCUGGCAGCAGAACGGAUCCAGGUCCUCCUCUCCAUCCCAAAGAAGACCUUCACCAUCACUAUCCAGAGCUACUUCCUGUGCGAUGAGAACAGCAUCCCCAUCACUCAGGACUUUACGUUGCUGGACCUUCAGUUCCCUCAGUGACGGAUUGAAAACAGCCCAGGAGUUAGUCUUAUUCAGUUUUCAUUUAUUGUUUCGGAUACAGAACUUUCAAGCACAAAACUCAACAGAUUUAUGCUGCAAAAAAAAGACAUUAAAGCAUCUCUACUUGCUACUGUCAUAGGAAGAAGAACCAUGGAGGUAAAACGACAUUCUUAAAUGAGCAGCAGCCAGACUUUUACAGUUAUUUAUGUGCAACAGGAUGAAAGGAAACAAGAGCAGAAGGAUGAAGAAUGACAUGUAGCGGGUCUUCAUGAUGGACCACCACCUGACCGCUGUAAACCUGAUGGUGCAACUUUAAAGUGCAUGUCAUUGCUUCCUCUGUUGAAGAACUGAUUCUGAAGCUGCUCAAAGUAAAUGAAUUCCUUCCAUAUUUUAGCCAAGAUAUAUGGUCCAUGUAUGAAAUUCACAUUAAAACUAUAGGACAAGACUAUUGUAAGAUAUCAUAUAGUGGUUUCUGAAACAGGAUGUACUGAAAAUGUGUAUUGUUUGAUAGUUACAAUUUGUAGUUUUGAAAUAAAAUGCACUUGUUUGUUAA